AUGCCUUCACAAGAGUCGCCGCUAUACUUGGAAGACCUCAGCGCCGCUCACAACUACCCACGGACGUCCUUCCUCGAUCCUAGCACUCCGGCCUAUAUCGACACGGACUGGAAGGCCAUGACUGACCAGAACCCAUACGGCCAUCAACCACCCACUCCGGCCGACUCGUUCGCCAAUGGCGACUCGCUACACAGGCACUUGUUGGUCGAGACUGCCAUGUUCGACAGCUCGCGAUACGACAUCCUGGCCAUCGAAGAGGUUGACGCGCUGAAGAAAGAGAAGACAAAGGUGGACGCUCGCAUCGAAGCAACACGCCGCAAACUCGCCUUAGAAAGCAAAGUAUGCGAAGCUGCCCGCUCUCUACACCGCCUCUAUUCGCANAAGGGCCGCGUCUCGCAGCCUCGUAGAAAGAGUUUGCUGGGAGACAGAAGGAAUAGUUCGUCCAGUGUCAAGAGUGACAGUGUCGGUCAGGCUAGCGACGAACUUGCCCAGAGCGAGAAGAAGGUUGAAGAGCUGGUUCAAAUCCUGGUCGGUCUGGAAAACCGCAGACAAUACAUUGAAAGCAGACUACUGCGACACACGGCCGCCGUCCUGCAGGCUGCUCACCUCCAACGUGAAGCCGAGUCCGCCGACAAUCCUGCGGCUGACUCUCUGCCUCACAUUCGCGAUUACGACCAGAGUGUUCACAGCGAUGUUGGCAAAGAACAGUCGAUUGUCCACAACGACCAAUUGAACGACUUCAACACAAGGCUACAGUUCCUAAACGGCCAAAUGCGGUCUCUCAUAUCCCAGGCGAAGAAAGGUCGCGCAGGCAGCAUCGAUACCUCACCAGACGAGAUCCCAUCUGCGUACCCGGAAGACGACGAGCCCUCGGUCCGCAUCGACAACCAGCUCGAGCAAUUACAAGACGGCAUCUUCGCCCUCCUCGAAGAACAUAAAUUUAUCGUCCAAUCGCGUGAGGACACGCUCAAUGGUUCAAAAGAGGAUCAGAGUCUUGUCGAGAACAGGUUGCAGGGUGUCAAUCUCCACCUAUUCGAUCUUGUCUCCGCCCACCAAGAUAUACAACCACCUCCACGCCCUACCGGUCAAGGAACCCAGAAUCAGAUCGCUUACCUCGAAGAGAAUCUCUCGAACGUCGAUCAAAUGCUGCAGCACUCUGCAUCUCUUCAAGACUCUCAUCAAGCUACUAAAAGAGGACUGGACGAGGCUCGCCAAAAAGCAGAUGCCCACGCCCAAAAUGCCGCACAGCAUGAGGCAGUCAUGCUAGGUCUUUGGGGAAUCAUGUCAUCCAAGGAAUCUGCUGCUGCCAACCGGGAUGUUGACUCGGAUGACGAAGAGCUAGAGCGAACCACAUCCGAGCCUUUCAGUACCCAGGCCUUUACAUCCAAGGUUGAACGCUUGUUUGCCCGCCACAGUGAUCUCGAGACGCAGACUGGUAUUCUCAAACGCCAGAUUGAACAACAACGCGAGCUCGCCGGAAAGUCCAACAGCGAAGAUGCCGCUCGUGCCAGCGAACUGGAAGGACUCAAAGAGCGCGAGCAAGAGGCUCUGGAAGAGAUUGAAGCACAGAGCAAGCGUUUGGAACAGCUCGAGGAUCAGAUUGUCGAACUUGAGAACAAGAUUUCUGAACAUCAAGACGAGGCACGCAUCGCAGCCAUCGAAGCACAGCACAAGGAAAGUGAUCACCAGGACCGCCUGGAGGAGCUGACUGGAACUCUCAAUCAAGCCAAGGUAGCCAGAGAGACGGCAGAGGCCAGCCUGGCUAUGAAGGCAGAGGAGAUGGACGACAUGGAGACGGAGAUCAUUCGUCUUACCACUGAGUUGGCUAUGGCAAAGGCAGAGUUGGAUGGCGCAUACGGCAGCCGUUCAGAGCGUGCCAGAGAAGUGACGUCUCACCCGGAAUUCCAAGAGCUGGAGCAAAAGUCGAGGAGCAUGUCUUCCGAGUUGGAGCAACUGAGACGUGACAAGGGUCAUCACGAGAGUCAGAUGGCCGAGAUGCUCGGACUGCAUCAAAACGCCGAAUCACGUGCGAAAUCACUAGAAGGAGAGAUCAUCACAUUGCGUGAAAUCCAGGCAUCAGGCUCGCGUGACGACGGUCGUAUGCGCGCACUGGAGAAGGAACUCGGCGAGAUGACGACGGACUACCAGCAACUCACGCGCGAGACAGUCGAGAUGGAGAAGGAGCGCGAGAAGCUUGAGGGAUUGAUCGACUCGCUUCGUGACAAGAUGGAUGAGUUGGAGGUGCAGCUCAGCGACGAGAGAGUCAGAUGGCUCGGCGUCAGAAGCCCUGGAGGUACACCAGAACUGGGUAGUGUCGCAAGGGAGACGACCAGCACCAUGGUUUUGAGAAACGAGUUCAAGAAGAUGAUGAGAGAGACGAGGGCGGAGGGAGUCAAGUUGUUGAGAGUGAGUAUUGUCUCUUGGACUAUUGAUGUAGAACAGAGAGCUAACGCGUGUGACAGNGCGGAGCAAGAACAGCGCAGACAGAUCGAGUCGCAGCUGCGUAACCUCAGAAGAGACCGCAACGGAGGCAUCAGUCCACGUCUGGGUAUGAACAGUCCAGGCCUUCGUCCGACUUGA